AUGAUUCGUCUUGAGGUUGUCCACCUGCUUCCGGAACACGAGCAUCCAGAGGUCCUUGCACAGGAACUUGAUCACGUCGAGCGUGUCUGUGAACUUGGGCCUGUCUCUCGAGAAUCUGUGGUUCUCCCAUGUCAGCGCACAUUAUUCCCUCAUGCUACGCACAGAGAAGAGGGAGAGGGAGACAAGAGCACCAGCCAAGACUCACCGCUCAACCAACCCCUGACCAACCCGGUACCCGAGCGCCUCGAGCCGGAAGAACACCGCGUCCCUCUCCUCCUCCUCGUCCAUGCGGCCUACUACCCCACCGCCGCCACCCGCCGCCCUACGCGCCGCCGCAUCUCCCGCGCCCGAGGCCGCCGCCGCCGCCGCCGUCGAGUCCGCGCCGUUGGCCGCCCUGCUACUAGGCUGGCGGCGGUCCUCGGGCGGCGGCGUCGGGAGCUGCUGCGCCCCCGUCCCCGUCCCCGCCGCAGAGUCGGACGCGGCCGCCUGGCCGUCGAGCUCGUUGACGACGCGGUAGGCCAUGGGCACGAGCUCGAUGAGGAGGAGGUCGAGGCACGAGGAGCCGAGGAAGGAGGCCGUCGGGUCCGAGGCGUUGUACGGCGGCAUCACGGCGUCGAACGACAUCUUUUUUCACAGCCAAGUGCAAGCGGGGCAGCUGAAGUCGGUCCCCUUCUUUUUCUGGAAGGGGAGGUGGUCCCCGAUACACACAAGAAGGGCGGAGUGUGUCUUGCUCGCGCGGGCAGACGGGAGGCUGCUGGUGGAUCUUAUGGGCGGUGCCUGGAUUUCUCAGCUGCUUAUCCAGGAGUGUGUGCGUCUGUGCGUGAGGCCAAUGGCGGUUGCGCUCGGAAUUGCAGCGAAGGACAGCGGGCUUUUGACGUGCUCGAUGUUGAGAGUGAUGCGCAAUGA